GAACUCAGGACCUUGCUUUAUUUUUCUGAACUUUAUGUGCAUGUCUGUUAGUGCUUUUCUUUCUUCUAUAAGAAAAAAAGGUGAGAAAAAGUUCCAUUGAAAGUGACAAGUUUAUGAUUUAAAUGUCUUUUGGUGACAGGUCUUAAUGUGCAUUAGGGGGGAAGAUAGUUUGACUGUGAGAAAAAUUUGGACUUAUGUAAUUGAACUGGCUGAGUGUGACCUUAAUUAUGAUAUUCGUGAUCGUGCACGUUUCUUAAAGAAAAUUCUCUCUAGUAAUUUGGAGUAUGGGGAAGAAGCAAAUAGUGAACCAGAAAAAACUAAACAGUCCUAUAUACCUGCAGAAUGCAUAUUUGGGGAGACAAAAGCCGUGAAAGUUCCAUCUGAACCCAUUGAUUACCGAUUUUAUCUCCCUGGUUCACUUUCACAGUUGGUAUUCCAUGCAGCUCCAGGAUAUGAGCCUCUCCCAAAACCUUGUAGCCUGCCAUACACUGAUCUUGAUCAGUAUGAUGGAGCUGCUAAGAGUGAUUCAGAUGAGGAGGAUACUGGCACAUCCGGGCCUUUGGAUGAGGAAAGUGCUUCAGAUUAUAGUUCUGAACAGUCUAUUACUGCUUCAGGCGACAUUAGUGGCAGUGAUGAAUCUGUUUCUGGCAAUGAAGCUGAAGAUAAUGUUGAUCCAUUGAUUCAGAUUUCAGACACAGGCAAUGUCCACGAAAAUCAGAAUGGUGGGGCUACCUCUGGCACAGCAGGUUUUCAGGAUUUGAUGUCAACUAAGUCUCUUGAGUCUUGGUUAGAUGAACCAACGAGGUCAUCUAAAGGAAGUGAUAUAGAACAAAGCCGAGUACGUAGAUCUUCAGCACGAAUAACCAUUGGAAAUAUUGGAAGCCGAGUUAAACCCAAAUGCCACACUCUCUUAGACCCUGCAAAUGGAAAUGGGUUAAAAGUGAAUUAUUCAUUUUCAUCCGAUACUUCUACCAUAUCCUCUCACCUUGUAUGUUUGGAAGUAUUAUUUGAAAAUUGUUCUCUGGAGCCCAUGCUUGAUAUAGUCUUGAUAGACGAAGAUCAUAGCAAAAGCUCUGAUUCCACUGAUCAAAUAUCAUCACCAACCGAAAAUACCUUGAAAUUUCAUGUCGAUAAACCUGCAUUGGUUUCCAUGGAGGAGAUCCCUUCUCUGGAUCCUGGUCAGACAGCAAACCGGAUGCUACUAGUUCGUUUCCAUCACCACCUUUUGCCUCUAAAACUGGCUUUAUUUUGCAAUGACAAGAAAUUCCCUGUCAAGUUAAAGCCUGACAUAGGAUACUUUGUAAAACCACUUCCCAUCAGUAUUGAAGAUUUCAGAGAUAAGGAAUCUCAUCUUCCUGGGAUGUUUGAAUACGUGAGGAGUUGCACUUUUACUGAUCACAUUCUCAAGCUGAACAAGGGAAGCAACUCUUUGACAGAGGACAAAUUCCUUGUGAUAUGUGAAACGUUAGCACUGAAGAUGCUAAGCAAUGCAAACCUUUCCCUUGUGUCUGUGGAUAUGCCGGUUGGUACCAACCUGGAUGAUGCAUCUGGUUUGUGUUUGCGUUUCAGCUGUGAGAUCUUGAGCAAUUCAAUGCCAUGCUUAAUUACGGUUACUGUUGAAGGUAAAUGCUGCGACCCAUUGCUUGUUUCUAUAAAAGUUAACUGUGAAGAGACCGUAUUUGGGUUAAAUUUCUUAAAUAGGGUUGUCAAUUUCUUAGUUGAGCCUUCUGUUACCCACUUAUAAGAUUUCAUUUCGGAUAGAAAUUUACUUAAUGGUUUGUGGGUAUAAGUCGGUAUAUUUAAAAAACUUUCAUGCUGUCCGAGUAAUUGUUUUGAAUAUUCUUUCAGAUUUUUCUUUUUUAUAUAUUGUUGGGAAGGAGAAGAAACGGGUAGGGUGGGGAUUGCAAUGAUUGUAAUCUCUUUAAUGUUUGAUUUCUAAUUUCCGUUGACUUUA